AUGGCAUUCGCAGGAAUUCUGACCGAUGCUGACAUCACUACAGCCCUUGCUGAAUGCCAAGCUGCCGACUCCUUCAAGUACAAGGAGUUCUUCGUCAAGGUCGGCCUGUCUGCCAAGACCCCCGAUGACAUCAAGAAGGCCUUUUUCGUCAUUGACCAGGACAAGAGCGGCUUCAUUGAGGAGGAUGAGCUGAAGCUGUUCCUGCAAAACUUCUCUGCCAGUGCCAGGGCUCUGACUGAUGCUGAGACCCAGGAAUUUCUCAAGGCCGGUGACGCUGAUGGCGAUGGCAAGAUUGGAAUUGAUGAGUUUGCUGAAUUGGUCAAGGCAUAAACACAUGAACUGACCAACAUCAUACUUCAAUACUCUAAAGGAACAACUUGAGCCAAGAAAUGACUCUUCUCCCACUCACUCUCUCUCUCGACUCUCCACUUUUGUACAA